AUCUGAGCCUUGAUAAGCAGGGGCGGGGCUUCCAGAGGCAGGAGUCUCAGAGUUCUAUAAAGCCCAACGGGGCACAGCUGGGCAACUCUCCCAAGGACCGUGAACUGUUGGUUUCAUGCCUGUUCCUCUGGAAAUGCAACGGCUGUUGACUUCAGUGAAGCGGGUCUUGCAAGUGAAGACAGCAAUGCAGGAAGCCUUCGCCUCACCUGCUAGCCUUCUUCCAGCAGCCCGCCAAAGGUUUUCUACCAUCCCUGCUGUCCCCUUGGCCAAAACAGAUACUUGGCCAAAGGAUGUGGGCAUCCUUGCCCUGGAGGUCUAUUUCCCAGCCCAGUAUGUGGACCAAACAGACCUGGAGAAGUAUAACAAUGUAGAAGCAGGGAGGUACACGGUGGGCUUGGGCCAAACCCAUAUGGGCUUCUGCUCAGUCCAGGAGGACAUCAACUCCCUGUGCCUGACCGUGGUGCAGCGGCUGAUGGAGCGCACGCAGCUCCCGUGGGACUCUGUGGGAUGGCUGGAAGUGGGCACUGAGACCAUCAUUGACAAGUCCAAGGCUGUCAAAACAGUGCUCAUGGAGCUCUUCCAGGAUUCAGGCAACACUGACAUUGAGGGCAUAGAUACCACCAAUGCCUGCUACGGGGGCACUGCCUCCCUCUUCCAUGCUGCCAACUGGGUGGAGUCCAGCUCCUGGGAUGGUCGCUAUGCAAUGGUGGUCUGCGGAGAUAUUGCAGUCUAUCCCAGUGGUAAUGCUCGCCCCACAGGUGGGGCCGGAGCUGUGGCCAUGCUGGUUGGGCCCAAGGCCCCUCUGGCCCUCGAGAGAGGGCUUAGAGGAACCCACAUGGAGAACGUAUACGACUUCUACAAACCAGAUGCGGCUACAGAGUACCCAAUAGUGGAUGGCAAGCUCUCCAUCCAGUGCUACCUACGGGCCUUGGACAGAUGUUACACAUUAUACCGUCAAAAAAUCCAGAACCAGUGGAAACAAGCUGGCAUCGAUCGGCCUUUCACUCUUGAUGACUUGCAGUUUAUGAUCUUUCACACACCCUUCUGCAAGAUGGUCCAGAAAUCCCUGGCUCGCCUGAUGUUCAGUGACUUCCUGUCAGACAGCAACCACACGCGGACCCCCCUCUAUGAGGGGCUAGAGGCCUUCAGGGGGCUAACGCUGGAAGAAACCUACACCAACAAGGACAUGGAUAAAGCCCUUCAAAAGGCCUCCCUGGACAUGUUCAACAAGAAAACCAAGGCCUCCCUUUACCUCUCCACUCACAACGGGAAUACGUACACCUCAUCCCUAUAUGGGUGUCUGGCCUCCCUUCUGUCCCAGUACUCUGCCCAGGACUUGGCUGGCUCCAGGAUUGGGGCCUUCUCUUAUGGCUCUGGCUUGGCAGCAAGUUUUUUUUCAUUUCGAGCAUCCAAGGAUGCUUCUCCAGGAUCCCCCCUGGAGAAGCUGGUGUCUAGUAUGUCAGACCUGCCACAACGCCUUGCCUCCCGGAAGCGUAUGUCUCCUCAGGAGUUCACAGAAAUAAUGGACCAAAGAGAACAAUUCUACCAUAAGGUGAAUUUCUCACCACCUGGUGACACGAGCAGUCUUUUCCCUGGCACGUGGUACCUAGAGAGAGUGGAUGAGCUAUAUCGCCGCAAGUACGCCCGGCGACCAGUCUAAAGACCAUGGUUCCUGGGAAAUCUACACUAGCAGAGUUUCUGCUCAUGGAUCAUAUUUUAAAAAGCCCAUUUUUAGAUGGAAAUGGAUUGGAUUGGACACCGUAGUCCCCAGAAGCAGCGGCCUUGGAGAGUGAGGGGCCGUCCUUAGUGGUCCUUCCUGCUUUUCUCAGCUGCAGUCACUGUCCUGGGCUAAUGGUGGCGCAGGGGUCCUCUCUGGAAAAGCGGUUGCAAAGAAGGCCUAGCCCAGAAUCACUGCCCUCCGGAACUGGGAAAAAAAUCCAGAUAACUUUGCCUAUCCUGUUCCCUUGUGGUCAUUAUUAUCAUUAUUAGAUUUUUGUGCUGUUAUCUCUCUAUUCCUUUCUUAAGGUUUUUGGUCAAUUUCUAGAUGUUGUAGCAGGUAUUAAACCCAUAUAACACAAUGCAACAGUUAGAGAAGGAGGCAAUCCCUCGUUGUAUUGCUUGGAAACCGGAGCACCAACCACGCACAGCUGACACGCCGCAGAGCCUGCCGGACCCCCUGGCUCUGAGGGCCCCACUCUUCCUGACCCCCCACCUGCCCCCACCGCUGUAAAACCACUGAGCGCUCACCUCACACACCCCUCCCCCAUCCCAUUCCAUUCUCCAAGAAGCACAGGGGAACAAAGUUGGGGACACACAGCCUCUGUGCCCAGCUCCCUUCCCUGAUCUAGAGACGCCACCUGUAGACCGGGCCAGAAAUACCCUCAAGGGCAGCCACAGCUCCUUGGUCAGGCCUUGCCAGUGUUCUCUGGGCAAAUAGACACAAGGCAGAGGUUAAUGCAGCAUGCUUUUGACUCCUCCAGCCAAAAAUGAGAGUUUUGAUACCUAGCAGGGAAUUCUUCUGCUAGAGAUUGAUUUGUCUCCCUUGGGUUAGGGCACUGCCUUUGCUAGGACCCUCUUAUAAAGUAGCAAGGGUUCAGGG